CUCAAUUCCUUGACCAUUCAUGGCGGCUUAUGGUGCAGCCGUUUCUCUCAAGAAGACGGCCAGGCUUAUCCUAGCAGCGCCUCGCAUUUUUCUGCGAUUUAUCUCAAUUAUAGGAUGCGGCCGCGUCUUCUUCGCAAAGAUCUCUGUGCUGGCCAAGGCCUUCAACGCCAUGGUUCGCUUGCAGAAAGUUCUGCUAAAAUUGGAGGAGACUGGCUUCAGCAAGAUCAGGACGAAGGUGUAUGCUUUGGAUGAACGAAUCAAAGAGGCCAUAUGGGAAUUCGAAGAUUUACUAGAGUCUCAUGUGUAUCAACAGAUUCUUCCACAACUCGAGAGCUCAUCAAGAGAUGAGAUAGAUCAGUUUUCCCUCGAUCGGAUUCUGACACAACUUAAACGGUCAUCCCUAGGUGAGAGAGAACACUUGUAUUUAUCUGUAGAUCUGCAGAGUCUGGGACAGAGUGUUGAUUCGUUUGUCGAGAGGGUGACAGCGAUGGAGGCGGAGUACGACAUAGAACUGCUGAAUAUGCCAGAAGAAGAAGGUGAACCUGUUUCCUCAAGAAUUGAUUUCGGUGGAAUCAACUCAAUGAUGGUAGGAUCAUCUGUUGUAUUUGAAAAAGUCAGGGAUUAUCUUAUCAAAGAUCAGGGGAAUCGGUUUUUAGUGACAGGGAUGGCAGGUGUUGGAAAGACAACUCUUGUUAAGAAAGUAUUUGAGGAUCCAUCAAUUCAGACACAUUUCGAGCAUCGAGCAUGGGUCAAAGUGGGCAGAAAGUGUGAACCUUAUGAAAUAUUAAGAUGCACUCUAGCUCAAGUGGAUCCCAACACUAGCAACCAAGUGUUUACCCAAGGAGAUGAUGAGGAUGAGGAGAAAUUACUUGGACUCUUGAAAGAGAGAUUGAUAUUUAAGAAAUGUCUCAUUGUGUUGGAUGAUGUUUGGGAAUGGGACACAUAUGUAAUGGAUAACUACUUGGCAGGAGAGAAUGUCCGAAUCCUGGUUACAAGCAGGCUCAAACUUGAAGAAUGUGCAAAUCAUGCUACACUUUGCUUGUUGAAUGAAGAUGAAAGUAAUAAAUUACUUGGUGAGAAGCUGUUUGGUGAAGAGGGUUUCCCUCCUCACCUAAAGAAAUUGGGAGAGACAAUUGCAAAAAAAUGUGAAGGUCUUCCACUUAUGCUAAUCACAGUUGCAGACUUCCUAUCCAAAGAAGACAAGACUGCAGAAUUCUGGACCGAGGUAGCCCAAAAACAACAUAAUUCAGUCUUUAUGGAUUCAUAUAAUCAAAUAUCAAAGGUACUAUUCCCAAGCUAUGAUUACUUACCUCAAUAUUUGAAAAUGUUGUUCCUCUAUAUGGGAGCUUUCCCUCCAUAUAGUAAUAUCGACAUAGACAACAUCAUCUAUAUGUUGAUUGCUGAAGGGUUUCUUGAAUGGCGCGAGGAAGAAACUUUGCGUCAUUUCUUUACUCAAUGUUUGGCAAGACUUACUUUCCUGUAUAAUCUUGUUGUAUUAGACAGAGAACCACGUGAAUCUUGGUUUUCAACGAAAGACUUCCGUGUGCAUUCUUGUUGGCAAUACGUAUGCAAGAAAGAAGCUAGUAAGAUUAAGUUUUUGCAUGUUAUUCAAAGUUGCAAUGAUGAUGUAAUGAAAGACCAGCGCCGGUUGUGUGCUCAUUGCAACACUUUAUUUGCCUUCAAACAAGUGUAUGAUUCAAUAAAAAGUGAUUGCGCACCCAUUGUCCGUUCUCUCUUGUGUCUUGGUCCUUACAACCAAUAUCCGGUGCCAAUACAUGACAUGGAUCUCAAGUUGCUCAGGGUACUAGAUGCUACUAAGGUUCGAUUUUACCAUAUCCCACUAGAAUUUAUGAAACUAGUUUGUUUACGGUACCUUGCCUUAACUUGCAACUUAGAGAUCCCUAUUUCCAUAUCCAACCUUCUUCAUCUCAAAACCUUGAUUAUAAAACCGCAUCUGAACAUUAGAAAGUGUGGAUUUGUGUCAUAUAUGCCAGCCGAAAUUUGGGACAUGCAUGAACUAUUAUAUAUUGAGGCCACAGGAAGAGAUCUACCAACCCCUAAUUCUGAUGCUACUUUGAAAUACUUAUCUUCUAUUUUUGGUGUGAGUGCAAAGAGUUGCACUAGAGAAAUUCUCAUAAAAAUCCCUAAUUUAAAUCAAUUAGGAAUUAUUAUGGAGUUGAAGCCUUACGAUGAUGACGAUGUUAGCAACCUAACGAGGGCUCUCGGUCAUAUAUCAGAACAACUACCGAAUUUGGGACUAUUGAGCUAUGAUGUAACAAACCCUGAUACGAAGAAUGAGUUUAUGGUUCCUCUUUCAAUGUUCCCAUCAGGUUUGACAAUGUUGGAUUUGAGUGGCUCAGGUUGUCCAUGAAAGCACAUGAAUGAUAUUGGUUCACAGCUACCAAAUCUUAUGAAGCUUAAUUUAAAACAUUAUGCCUUUCGAGGUUUGGAAUGGAAUAUAGAACCAAGGUCUUUUUUGAAGCUUGAGACACUUGUAAUUGAAGACACUGAUUUGGUGCGGUGGAGAGCUCAACAUGGAAGCCUCCCAAUGCUUGAGCUCCUAAGCAUACGGCAUUGCUACAAAUUACAACAACUCGAAUGGGUGCGUGAUCCCUCAACAGUCCAAACUACAAUUGAAUUAGUUGAGUGUAAUCCCUUAGCUGUCACUUCUGCCAAUCAAUUAGGACCGGAAUCUCUCUAUAGAGUUCGUUGCCACUCUACUUUUUGAGAGGAGAAGCUGUAACUCUACUCUCAACUUGGUUGACAGAUGGAGUUGCAUUAACCUUCCUUGCAUAACAUGAUCAUCUCUUGAAGAUUGCAGUGAAGAAGUGAUGCUUGACUACUUGUUGAAGGCCUUUAAGGUAUGCUUUAGUUUCAGUGUUUGAGUUAUGUGCUUGGCCACUUUUGGUAGACUAUAAAUAUGAGUGGUGAAUUUGGAUGAUAAUUAAAAACUAGAGUUAUUUCCUUCUGAUUUGUUAUACAUUGAGGAAGAAGGAAUUUGUGG